AUGGCUCAGCAAUUCGAACCCUUAAAGAACGACUUGAUCCUCAGAACAGCAUGGGGUGAGAAGGUUGAAAGACCACCAAUGUGGGUGAUGCGGCAAGCUGGACGAUAUCUUCCCGAGUACCACCAAGCCAAAGGUAAACAUGACUUUUUCGAAUGCUGUCGCUCGCCAGAAAUCGCCUCGACCCUCACUCUCCAACCUAUCGAGAGAUAUGAGGGGCUCGUCGAUGCCGCUAUUAUCUUCUCUGAUAUUCUGGUCAUUCCCCAGGCUCUGGGGAUGACCGUCGAGAUGGUGGAUGGAAAAGGCCCGCACUUCCCGGACCCCCUCACGUCGCCAGACGACGGACAGUAUCAGAAGGUCCUAACAAGAAAAACCGACGUUGCGGCGGAAUUGGACUAUGUUUACAAGGCUAUCACCAUGACCCGGCAUAAAUUGAAGGGGAGGGUGCCAUUGUUCGGCUUCUGCGGAGCGCCCUGGACCCUACUCUGUUACAUGGUUGAAGGCGGCGGAAGUAAACUGUUCAUUCAGACGAAGACUUGGGUCUAUAGGUAUCCCCAAGCUAGCAAGGACCUUUUGCAAAAGAUUGCGGAAGUUUGUGUUGAACAUUUGGCGCUGCAGGUUCAGGCUGGUGCUCAGCUGGUGCAAGUCUUCGAUUCUUGGGCUGCUGAAUUGUCGCCAACUUCGUUCAAGGAAUUCUCGCAGCCGUACCUUGCAUAUAUUUCUGAAAAUCUUCCAAAACGACUAAAGGAACUGAAUUUAGAACCUGUCCCCAUGGUCGUUUUCGCCAAAGGAGCCUGGUAUGCAUUGGACGCGCUAUGCAGUCUUGGAUAUCAAGUCGUUGGUCUCGAUUGGCUGCAAGAUCCCGCAGAUGCCAUUAGGAUCAAGGGAGACCGACCUAUUGUUUUGCAAGGCAAUGCGGACCCAGGUAUCCUAUAUGGAACAAGAGAAGCUAUUACCAGAGCUGUCACCGAUAUGGUUAAUGGGUUCGGCGGCGGAAAGCAAGGCUGGAUUGCAAACCUUGGCCAUGGAAUCACACCACGCGUCAACCCAGAAGAUCUGAAGUUUUACUUCCAGGAAAUACAUCGAUUGACUAAGAGCUGA